AUGGCUUCUACUAGUACUACUAAAGAGUCUAACAGCUCUGGUUCAGCAUCAGAGGGAGGAGGAGCUGGUCAUCACCAUGGAACUAAAAUUAAAGGAGUCUUAACUCAUGGGGGUCGUUAUGUUCAAUAUAAUGUUUAUGGUAACUUGUUUGAGGUUUCUAGCAAGUAUGUCCCUCCUAUUAGACCUAUUGGUCGGGGUGCUUAUGGCAUUGUUUGUGCUGCGGUGAAUUCGGAUACGCACGAGGAAGUUGCUAUAAAGAAGAUUGGUAAUGCAUUUGACAACAGAAUAGAUGCUAAAAGGACUCUGAGAGAGAUUAAGCUUCUACGCCACAUGGAUCAUGAAAAUGUUAUUGCUAUCAGGGACAUAAUACGCCCACCCAAAAAGGACGCCUUCAAUGAUGUCUACAUUGUUUAUGAAUUAAUGGACACUGAUCUUCAUCAGAUUAUUCGUUCUGACCAAGCACUGAAUGAUGAUCAUUGCCAGUACUUCUUGUACCAGUUAUUACGAGGAUUAAAAUAUGUACACUCAGCCAGUGUUCUGCAUCGUGAUCUUAAGCCUAGCAAUUUGCUUCUCAAUUCAAAUUGUGACCUUAAAAUUGGAGACUUUGGGUUGGCAAGGACAACGUCUGAAACAGAUUUCAUGACUGAAUACGUGGUCACUCGUUGGUACAGAGCACCGGAGUUGCUCCUUAAUUGUUCAGAGUACACUGCUGCAAUUGAUAUUUGGUCUGUUGGUUGCAUCUUUGGUGAGAUUAUGACCAAAGAACCUUUAUUUCCAGGGAAAGAUUAUGUUCAUCAGCUGAGGCUUAUUACAGAGUUAAUAGGUUCGCCCGAUGAUGCUAGCCUUGGUUUUCUGCGAAGUAAUAAUGCCCGAAGAUAUGUUAGACAGCUUCCGCAAUACAAAAAGCAAAAUUUCUCAGCUAGGUUUCCCAAUAUGUCUCCAGGAGCUGUAGAUCUACUGGAGAAAAUGCUUGUGUUUGAUCCCACUAAUCGCAUCACUGUUGAUGAGGCUCUUUGUCACCCAUAUUUGUCAUCUCUCCAUGAUAUCAAUGAUGAGCCUGUCUGCCCCAGGCCUUUUCAUUUUGAUUUUGAGCACCCGUCAUGUACUGAAGAGCACAUCAAAGAGCUCAUCUGGAAGGAAUCAGUGAAGUUCAAUCCUGAUCCACCCAGUUAG